ACAACACCCAAUAUCACCAGUUUAUGCCGCAUGGCGGUCGUGACGUCAUUGUAGCUGCGUUCUAGUAUUCUUGCCACGUAUUUUUGCUGUUUGAGUAUAUUUGAGUAUAUUUGAGUAUCUCCAAGUGUCUCGCGCGAUUAACAAUUGAUUUAAUGUUUUUUACCUGCUUGUCUCAAGUGACUUAAAAAGCUCUCGGCAGAAAUGGGAUCGUCUCAUAGCGUGGAGAUACCAGGAGGCGGUACAGAAGGUUAUCAUGUAUUAAGGGUUCAGGAAGGCUCUCCUGGACAGCAAGCAGGACUUGAAGCAUUUUUUGAUUUUAUUGUGGCUAUUGGAAAUACUCGAUUAGAUCAAGAUAACGAUACCUUGAAGGAACUUCUAAAGGCUGGUGUAAAUAAGGAAUUAACAAUUACAGUAUAUAGUAGUAAAACACAAUCUGUAAGACGAACAAAAAUUGUACCGAGUAUGACAUGGGGUGGACAGGGUUUAUUAGGCGUUAGUAUACGGUUUUGUUCGUUCGAAGGCGCCAACGAAAAUGUUUGGCAUGUACUUGAAGUACAUCCAUCAUCUCCUGCAGAAUUGGCUGGUUUACAACCAUUUACUGAUUACAUCAUUGGCGCAGACUCCAUUCUCCAUGAAAGUGAAGACUUAUUCACUUUAAUAGAGGCACACGAAUCACGACCUCUUAAAUUAUAUGUAUAUAAUACUAAGGAUGAUUCCUGCAGAGAAGUGACUAUUACACCUAAUAAUACCUGGGGUGGAGAGGGAAGCUUAGGAUGUGGAAUUGGAUAUGGUUAUCUGCACAGAAUACCUGUUAGAAGUGUGCCAGAACAUAAACCUGCUAAUUCAUAUAUGAAUGUCAAGAUUACUACACAAACUCAAUCAGCAAUGUCAACGACUACUACAACUACUGUGGCAGAAAUCAAUCCACCACAAAUUAUCAAUACACCACCCGGCUUAUCCAUUCCAUCAAAUUAUACCGCCCCAUUAGAUAAUUCUGAACAAACUGCGAAAAAUUUGAAAAACGAACAAGAAGUUAAAUCUAUCGAAAAUAUAUCUGGCUUUAAUAUACAAACACAGACAACAAGUCAUCUUAAUUUCACUGGUGCUGCUAGUAGCUACACACCAGUCAGUUCAGUUCCUCAUACGUUUUCGAAUCAAUCUCCUGUUAGUUUCACACCUGGCACUUAUCAAGUAACCCCAAGCAUUCCUGGUAUGCCAACCAUCCCGGUAUUACCAACAGUAUUACCUAUGAGUAUCACCAACUCUUAUGAAGCAGCAGUAGCAUCAUCUGGAUCAAUCAAUGUCCCAAGACAGCAGAGAGAGCAGAAUUUUGUUCAAAGUGCGAGCAUAGUUAAUGUCCCAGAACUGCAAAGAGAACAAAAUCCUGUCAAUAAUGCUACCGUGACUACUGGAUUUAACGUGCCUCAGUCUCAUGUUGUGACGACACCUAUCUCACUGCCAGGAAUUAGCGCCUCUCUCCCGCAAAACACUUCCCUCUAUCCAUCUGUUCUUCAACAACAAAACCAAUUUUCACCUGGUAUCAGCACUACCACUGUUGCUCCAACAUUAACAUCGUCAACGUCCAUGCAGUAAAGUGUGCAUUCUUAAAAAUUAGAUAAAGAUGUGAUUUUCACUUUAAUAAACAUACUUUUAAGCAUGCUGGUGAAAUGAAAUCGGAUUAAUUUGCUCGUUCUCUAAAUUCAGUUAAAACUUGAUAAAAUUAUAAGUUUAAUUUCUUUUAUAAAUAUCAAGAAUAUACAAUGCAUAAUAAAUUUUUUAAUGUGUAUUAAAGAAAAUAAUAUAAUUAAUAUAGUAUUGUAAUAUUGUACAUAAAUAAAACAAUUAUAAGAUCCUAAUUA